AUGGCGAGCCAUAGUCACGAAUUACUACUGGUAACUCUUGCUUUUUUGUCCUUACUUGUUAUACGAACAUUCUUUCGCCGUCAAUACAACUCGUCUGGUCUGCCGUACCCACCUGGUCCUCCGCCCACCUUUAUAUUCGGUAACUUGUUCGACGUACCAAAGAAGCGUGCGCCUUUUGCUUUCGCUGAAUGGUCGAAACGUUACAACAGUGAAAUUGUAUCAUUCCAUAUCCCUGGCUCACACACUAUCAUCAUCAACUCCGCAAAGGUCGCAAAGGUUAUCUUUGAGCAGAGAUCAUCCAUUUACUCCGAUAGGCAGCAUCACGAGAUGCUAUACUUGACGGGCUGGGAUCUAAACUUCGCCUUCAUGAGAUACGGCCCUUCCUGGCGUGCUCAUCGUCGUAUCGUCCAUCAAUAUUUCCGCUCUGACGCCAUGGAGAAGUUUUACCCACUCCUCGUCUGUCGAAACAACCAACUAUUACAAAACCUCCUGAGAGAUCCUGAGAAUGUGGUCGAUCAGCUAAAGCAUCAUGCAGGAUCCCUUCCGAUGAAGCUUUCGUACGAUUACAAUAUCGACGCAAACGGAGACCCUCUGAUCCAAAAGGUCGAGGAAUCGAUGUCUGUGCUGGCCCAAAUUAUGAUCCCUGGGCACUUCCUCGUUGAGUCAUAUCCAUUCCUGGCUCGUCUUCCGGAAUGGAUUCCGGGGAUCUCCGGAUUCAAGGCGUGUACUCGGAAAACGAGAGUCCUCAACUACUCGAUUGAAAACGAAUUGUUCGAAAAAACGAAGAAUCAAAUAGCUGCUGGAACGCCGCCACCGUCCCUCCUGGCAGAUGCUCUCCAUAAGAACAAUCAAGGAGAGCCUGGAGAGUUUGUCAUCAAAAGGGCUUUUGCCACCAUUCACGUCGCGGCGGCUGACACAUCCAUGGCAGCGCUCACGGGAGCGAUGGUGGCUCUCAUACAUCACCCUCAUGUCCAAGCUCGCGCUCAGGCCGAAAUAGAUCUCAUCGUGGGCAGGGACCGACUCCCCAACUUCACGGAUAUGGACGAAUUGCCCUACGUUUCGGCGAUAUGUAGGGAGGUGAUGCGCUGGAAACUUGUCACCCCAAUGGCUGUGAGUCAUGCGGCCGUAAAAGACGACAUAUUCGAAGGUUACUUCAUUCCUAAGGGUUCUACCGUCGUCGGGAAUUCUUGGGCAAUUCUCCAUGAUCCGGAACUCUACCCUGAUCCAGAGCGCUUCCACCCAGAGCGCUUUCUGACGCCCGGUGGCACACUAAACGAUGACGAAAUUUUGGCAUCUUUUGGAUUUGGUAGAAGAAUAUGCCCCGGCCGACACCUAGCAAGUGCCACCUUGUGGUUAUCUGUUGUAUAUCUUCUAGCUGUCUUCGAUAUCGUAAAGAUGAAGGACGAGAAAGGGAAGGACAUUGAGGUGACAACAGAAUGGGUGGACAGUGGCAUUAGUCGUCCGAUGCCGUUCCAAUGCACUGUCCGUCCUAGAGAUGCGAGGGCCGUAGAUUUGAUACAGUCACUGGACGUGAGCGUGCCAGUUUCAUGA